AUGUUGCGAACACUGACCUCAAACUCUAACAAAUAUGUCGAGGAUAUCUAUGCGCUUUUCGUCAGCAACAAUUCGGUUGUCUCAAUUGGACAAUGUUAUAUUCGUUUUAUUGAUGAUUAUUUCGGCAUCUUCAAUUGAAAAAUUUGUCAACCAAAUCAAGUGUUCUCCAAUCCAAAACUUGCACACCUAAAAACACAAGACGGACAGCAUGUGAGUUAAUUUAAAAAAAGGUAUCGUAAGAUUCAUAAUUUUUAUCCAUACAAUUGAGCUAGAUUUAAAAAUCGGGAAUUCGCAGUGGCUACGAAACUACGAUUCAUCAUUUUUAUCCAUUAAAUUUAGAUAACAAAUCUAAUCUUUUGGAGCCAAAGUUCGUGAUUUUCAUUCGAGCGGGUAGCUAAUAAAAAUUCCCGCCCUAAUGAAAAUAACUUUCAAUUAUUCACAAAUACAAAACCAAUUUUCGAAUAAUAAAUUAAUUGAAUCUUUUUUUCAGAUCAAUCAACAAUUCAAAGAGAUCGAGCAAAAUUUGUUGGUAAGUUUUUGAAUUUUUAUGAAAAUUGGCAUGAAUUUCUGGAAUUGUAAUUUGAAACUGAUAAAUAAUUAUUUUUCUUAAUUUUUUUAAUUGAAAAUCUUGAAAAAUGGUUGAUUUUAUCAGUUCCAAAUUGGAAUUUCAGCGGAGAUGCGGAAGCUAUGCCCAAUUUUUGAAUUUUUAUUCAAAAACUUUGAAAUUCGAAUAAUUCAAUCUUUUUUUUCAGAUCAAUCAACAAUCCGAAGUUAUCGAGCAACAAUUCAAAGUGAUCGACCAAAAUUUGUUGGUAAGUUUUUGAAUUUUUAUGAAAAUUGGCAUGAAUUUCUGGAAUUGUAAUUUGAAACUGAUAAAUAAUUAUUUUUCUUGAUUUUUUUAAUUGAAAAUCUUGAAAAAUGAUUGAUUUUAUCAGUUCCAAAUUGGAAUUUCAGUGGAGAUGCGGAAGCUAUGCCCAAUUUUUGAAUUUUUAUUCAAAAACUUUGAAUUUUUCAGAGCGAUUUGCUGCCAAUUUACCACGGAUAUUUUGCAGUUCGAAACUUUAUCAUCGCCUUCGAUUCUUAG